CCUCAUACAUAAAUACACAUGUUUGCUUAUUUAAAAAAAUAAUAAUAAUUUAGUCCAACCCUGUAUAAGAGAUAGCUCAAAUGAUUGGGUAUGUCUUCAAUACGAAAGCUCCAAUGGCUUCUUACUACUUCCUCUUGCUUGUUCUCGUCGGUGCAACUACAGCUUCUGGGGCUGAACUAUGUGCAGACUUUUACUCAUGCACCUGCCCAAACUUGUUGCCUAUAGUGAAGAAAGGAGUGGCCAAAGCCAUUCAGAAAGAACCACGCAUGGGCGCUUCCUUACUCCGAUUGCAUUUCCAUGACUGCUUUGUAAACGGUUGUGAUGCAUCUAUACUGUUGGAUGAUACAAGCAACUUCAUUGGGGAGCAAACAGCAGCAGCUAACAACCAAUCAGCUAGAGGGUUCAACGUGAUUAAUGAUAUUAAGGCCAGUGUGGAGAAAGAAUGCCCCAGAGUAGUGUCAUGUGCUGAUAUUCUUGCUUUGUCAGCUAGAGAUUCUGUAGUUUAUUUAGGAGGACCUUCUUGGGAAGUGGGGUUGGGGAGAAGAGAUUCUACUACAGCAAGCAGAAGUGAUGCUAAUAAUAGCAUUCCUGGGCCUUUCCUCAGUCUAACUGCUCUGAUAAACAAUUUUGCUAAUCAAGGCCUCUCAGUUACAGAUUUGGUGGCUCUUUCAGGGGCACAUACAAUUGGCCUGGCUGAAUGCAAAAAUUUCCGAGCACACAUCUACAAUGAUUCCAACGUUGAUCCCUCUUACCGAAAGUUCCUGCAGAGCAAGUGCCCCAGAAGUGGAAAUGAUAAAACACUCGAACCCCUUGACCACCAAACUCCAAUCCAUUUUGAUAAUCUAUACUUUCAGAAUUUGGUGAGUAAGAAGGCCCUUCUCCAUUCCGAUCAGGAGCUGUUCAAUGGCAGUUCUACUGACAAUCUGGUAAGAAAAUAUGCUACCAAUGCUGCUGCAUUCUUUGAAGACUUUGCCAAGGGCAUGCUCAAAAUGAGCAACAUCAAGCCUCUUACAGGAAGCCAGGGCCAGAUCAGAAUCAAUUGUGGGAAAGUCAAUUAAACGUUAGCAAGUGAUGAUGUAUAAUAUGUUUUUAAUAUAAAUUUUAUUUCCCUCCUCCAAAGUUAUGUCGAAUAAUUUGAUCCUCGAACCGUCAAGCAACCUGGUUUAUCAUCAAUGAACUACGUAGUUUUAUAUGUACACCAUA